CUCUCUUCUCCCUAUCUCUUAGUGAUACUACAAACCCUUUCUUUCCCCCAACAUCCUUGUUUUUCGAACCUUCUUGUCUUUUACUUCAUACCUUCACCUUUUUCACUCCUUGGCCUGCUCGAGGUCGUCAACUGCGAGCGUCCAAGUCAUCUAUUACUUGCCUUGUUCCACUCUGCCGCAUAUCGCCUCCGCCAGCCCACCGACAUAGGCGGAUACAGUUAUCUAGGGGGUCCACUUCCAUCAUCAACACAUCUUAUCUUGUCCGCCAUUUCCUUAUCGGCGCGAACCUCGCAGCUUCACGACAAUUACAACGAGCGCAACAAUCAUGGCGUUUCAUCAGCCGACUCGACAGUCGGUCCAGCGCGUCGUACGGGCUCCUGUUGAUGAGCAAGAGAUCCCCCGAAGAGAGGUGCCAAUUACCCAAGAACGUGAACCAGAACAGUCGCAGACAUGGGUGCUCUUCGCGCCCACUGAUGUGACAACAACAUCAUAUCUCACCGAAACGGACCACUCAUUGAAAACUCCUGGAAGAUCACGAGUGGGAGAUCUGGGCAGCUUGAACUCGGCUGCGAAAUCGGAGGCUGAGUCACGCCAAUCUGCCUCAGCAUUUGGUCUUGAUGAAGAGGAUGAUGCCGAGCUAGAUAGUCUAGAUGGCCACUUGCCCGGCUUUCGCUCAAUACCUGCAGUGCAGUAUCAGCCACAGGACGAACAGCAGGGAUCUGGGCCAGUUUUUCCCGGCCACGAUGGUCUGGGCUCCUUCCACCUUGACCAGCCCACCUUGGGGGCCGAAGCACAAGAUCACAUCUACCAAUUCGAACGAUUCAAUCCCAGACGGCAGUAUCAACGGAGAGAGAGUUUUGAUCUGCGGCAGCUCGAUGUAGAGCAUGAUCAGGUUCAUGAGGCAGAGAAGCGUCAAAGAAUCGAAGCUUGGCGACUGGAACACAGUCGAGUACUGCUAGGUGAGAUCCAGCGCGAGACAAGGAGGAGACGAUUUUCGCAAGCAUCUAUUCAGAAACGCCCAUCCUCCAAUGUGCCUUCUGUACCGUCGGCCCUUGCCUAUGAUGGAGAAUCAGACAACAUGACAUGGCACGAUGAGGAUGCUAUUGGAACAUCAUCAGAUUCAGAAGGGUUCUUUUCUAAAGUCACCAGAAGAUUCUUGCGAGAUGUAGUUGGAAUGGACGAACGAUCGAUUUCAGUGUUCCUGGGAGAAACGGUACCUGAGGAUGAUGAAGAUCUAUCGUCAACACCCCGCGCCUCCCAAACCUUGGCAUGGGAGUCGCGACAGUUUGCCUCUAGAGAGGAGUGGCAGUUGGACAUGCUGGAGAGGAUGUCAAGGGAGCUUGGUUCACUUGUCAGCCAUAUUUCGCACCAUCCUGGUGCAUUCUCAACCUAUACCCGAGUCCAGCAGAUGCCACUUCCCUACGCUGGCCUUCCAAUCAUCCCAGAGUCAAACUCAUCUCAUUCCGCCACAGACAACAUUCGACCAACAGAACACGAACACGCGUCAUUCCCACAAUUCAAACCAACAAUUCAGACAUCACCACAACCCAUCAACAUUCAUGGCAGAUCUGAACCAUCGGCCGAAGCAACACACGCGUCACGACAAGACACUCCUAUGAGCAACACUUUCACUCAGGAGGAAUGGGAGAAGGAUCUUGAUAUGAAACUGGUGUUCAGAUAUCUACGCUCUCGUUUCAUGCCACGAAGCAGCAAUCCUGCCCCAUCAACACCAGCUCAUCUGGCUACGUCGAAUAGUCAAGACACAGCCGCAAAGCUGGCGCGCGUCCGUCAACACCACCCGCUGGUUUCACGCAUGCGAUCUCCCGCCGAACGCCGAACGUUCAAAGCUAUAACGCCCGGAAGUCCAGUGGCAAUUCGGCAUCCGAGUAGUUGCGCGAGUCAGAGCACCAGACGAUCCGCCCGCCGUAGUAGUGUCUCAUCUCGACAUUACUGGGAUAUAGGUGGAUCUCUGGGUACAGGCUCUGUAAUCGCGUCUAACGGUCCGAUGGGUAGCUGGGGCGAAGUGUGAUGAUAAUUAUGAUGUAUGUGAAGAUGAAAGUGUGACAGAUGUUGACGCAUGAGCUACGACGGGCGCAUUAUAAUGGUCGCAUCAGGAGUAUUAUGAGCAUUUGCCCAGUUGCAGGUUAACUACUUGAUGUAAGUUUUAAACGAUGGAAAUCACCGCUAUUGAAAAUUAUUCAAAGAUGAUGGUUGGAGUUUUUCUGGGACAUGAUAGAGUUUUAUUUUUAUGAUUUUACGGACUUGUCCUUGGGUAGGUCCCCAAUACUCACUUCAAACAAAGAAACUAUUCCUUCAUUCUCUACAGAUAAAUUGCUG